AUGAACAGCAUUCCUGUCAAAUUUUUACUUGGAAAAACUUUUGGUAAAAAUCCGGCAGAUGUGGCUGAAAACGCCAUUCAAGGAUCGCCAAAACUCGGGGCAAAUUCUCAGACUGCAAAAGAGGAACAAGAAGAGCUUCUUCGACAACGAGAGCUAGAAGAAAAGCAACUCGCCGAAAAACAAGCAGUUCGACGAUACGAACGCGCAAAUGUCCGACAAAAUAUUCGGGACAAAUACAAACUCACGAAGGGAUCGUAA